CUUCACCGAUUCUUCAUUAGCUCCUUGCUCCAAAACCUUUAAACUGCUGUUCCUGUCCAAAAAGAACUGUUCUUCAGAUCCGGUUAGAGUUUUCUCCAAACCUCUAACCUUAAAUUCAUUACUUUCUUGUUUCAAUUCAAUCUCGAAAACAACGACAAUCAAACCAAACAGUCAUGGCUGGACUUGCAACUGACGGAUCACAGUAUGAUGCUCAUCAAUAUGACAGCAAAAUGAAUGAAUUGCUUUCUGAUGAAGGAAAAGAGUUCUUUACUACUUAUGAUGAGGUCUGUGAGAGCUUUGAUAAAAUGGGUUUGAAAGAAAACCUCCUAAGAGGCAUCUAUGCUUAUGGAUUUGAGAAGCCUUCAGCAAUUCAGCAAAGGGGAAUUGUUCCCUUCUGCAAAGGUCUAGAUGUAAUUCAGCAAGCACAGUCUGGUACUGGUAAAACAGCAACGUUCUGUUCUGGGAUCUUGCAGCAGCUGGAUUAUGAUUUAGUACAAUGUCAAGCUUUGGUUCUUGCUCCCACUAGAGAGCUUGCACAACAGAUUGAGAAAGUCAUGCGUGCCCUUGGUGAUUAUUUGGGAGUAAAAGUUCAUGCAUGUGUUGGUGGAACCAGUGUCCGGGAGGAUCAACGGAUCCUUGCUGCUGGUGUCCAUGUUGUUGUUGGUACUCCUGGUCGUGUUUUUGACAUGCUUCGUAGGCAGUCCCUUCGUGCAGAUGCCAUCAGGAUGUUUGUCCUGGAUGAAGCUGAUGAAAUGCUUUCCCGGGGUUUUAAAGAUCAGAUCUAUGAUAUCUUCCAGCAACUCCCUGCGAAAAUCCAGGUUGGUGUAUUUUCUGCAACAAUGCCACCUGAGGCUCUUGAGAUUACGCGGAAAUUCAUGAACAAACCAGUCAGAAUUCUUGUAAAGCGUGAUGAGCUUACCCUUGAAGGUAUUAAGCAGUUUUACGUCAAUGUUGACAAGGAGGAGUGGAAGCUUGACACACUUUGUGAUCUCUAUGAAACUCUGGCCAUCACUCAGAGUGUCAUCUUUGUUAACACCAGACGCAAAGUCGAUUGGCUUACCGAUCAAUUGCGGAGCCGUGAUCACACGGUGUCUGCCACCCAUGGAGACAUGGACCAGAACACAAGGGAUAUUAUCAUGCGUGAGUUCCGUUCAGGAUCUUCACGUGUGCUGAUCACCACCGAUCUCUUGGCUCGAGGGAUUGAUGUCCAGCAGGUCUCCUUGGUUAUUAACUAUGAUUUGCCGACUCAACCUGAGAACUAUCUUCACCGCAUUGGUCGAAGUGGAAGGUUUGGGAGGAAAGGUGUUGCAAUCAACUUUGUGACGAGAGAUGAUGACAGGAUGCUGACUGACAUCCAGAGGUUCUACAAUGUGGUGAUUGAGGAGCUGCCUGCCAAUGUUGCGGAUUUGAUCUGAUUGGUUCAUUCUCAUACACAAGAGCAUACAUGUCUGUUUGUUUUAGUUAGGGAAAGGUUAAACCGGAUUUGGUUUGUUGGACUUCAUUAUAAUUAUUGUCUUUUUUUUUUUUUGGUUCUGGUCUCCUGGGUUUUUGUGAAAUCUUGUUUGUUGCGAUGUUCCAAGGCUCAAAUUUUGAUUAAAAACAGAGAUAAAUGAAUUUUCUUGCCCAACUUCUUUCUCUCA